ACGAUGUCUGUCUUCAAUAGCUCUGCCUUGUACCCUCGCUUCCUCCUGACAGGCUACUCAGGCCUUGAAAGCAGAUAUAGCUUGAUUUCCAUCCCCAUCUUUUUGGUUUAUGCCACCUCAAUUUCAGGAAACAUUACCAUUCUGUUUAUCAUCAGAACUGAGCCUUCCCUCCACCAACCAAUGUACUACUUUCUAUCAAUGCUGGCACUUACUGACCUGGGCCUAUCCACUACUACCUUGCCUACAAUGUUCAGCAUCUUCUGGUUCCAUGCCCGGGAGAUCUCCUUUAAUGCUUGCCUGGUCCAGAUGUACUUCAUUCAUGUUUUCUCAAUUAUUGAGUCAGCUGUGCUGUUGGCCAUGGCCUUUGAUCGCUUGGUAGCAAUCCGAGAGCCCCUGCGCUAUGUGGCCAUUCUAACCAAUGAUGUAAUCAUUGGAACUGGGUUGGCAAUUGCUGGAAGGGCCUUGGCUCUAGUCUUUCCAGCUUCCUUCCUCCUAAAGAGGCUUCAAUAUCAUCCUCUCAAUAUUCUCUCCUACCCAUUCUGCCUACACCAGGACCUCAUAAAAACAACUAUAUCCAGCCAUCGAGUGAGCAGCAUCUAUGGCCUCAUGGUGGUCAUUUGCUCCAUGGGACUUGAUUCAGUGCUUCUUCUCCUCUCCUAUAUCCUCAUCCUUGGCACAGUAUUGAGUAUAGCCUCCAAGACAGAGAGGGUGAAAGCCCUCAACACCUGCAUCUCCCACAUCUGUGCGGUACUCACUUUCUAUAUACCAAUGAUUGGGCUCUCUAUGAUCCAUCGCUAUGGGCAGAAUGCUUCCCCAAUUGUCCAUGUGCUCAUGGCCAAUGUCUACUUGCUGGUCCCACCCCUAAUGAACCCCAUUGUCUACAGUGUCAAGACCAAGCAGAUUCGUGAUCAAAUCCUCCGGAAAUUUAAGCAACAGAAAGUUUAA